UUCAUCAAGUCAUUAAGCUUGAAAAUUUAAUACACUUGGUAGCAAGUAGAAACCUAUUUAUAAUAGUUUAAGGUAUACUUUCCACACCAUUUGAAUAAAGGAUUCUCUCUAUAUCAACUGCAUUUUAUCUAGGAGCUAUUCAAACUUGACAAUGACAGACGCUCAAUCAAAAGCAGCCAGACUGCUGAGAAAACAGGGAUCAGUGUCAUCACUGUCCAGUAGUGAUGUGUACAAAGUCCAUAAAGUUGGUCCAUACCCAGAACUUCUGCUUAGCAGGAGAAAUAGUGAACUGAAGGAGGAUGAGGGGAGGUCGAUGAGUACAGUAUCAUUUAUGGAUGACCCUGGACAUGAUGACCAUUUCAGACCAGCCAUGAAAUUUGAAAACAGUUACCAAAUGACACCAGGCAGAAAAUUUCCCUCUGGAAAAGUCAAAAAUAUCAUUAAAGAUGUUUUAGAAGGGUACCUUGCUGAAGAGAAAUAUGAACCAGAACUAUGCAAACAAAUGUCUAAGACAAUAUCUGAAGUGAUCAAAGCUAGAGUUAAAGAAUUGAUGAUUCCCCGAUUUAAGAUCAUCUGUAUUGUAGAUAUCGGACAAUCUAAUAAUCAAGCCUUGUUAAUGGGCAGUCGAUGUUUGUGGGAUUCGGCCAAUGAUACAUACUCCUCAGCAGAAUUCAGGAACAAUUCCUUGUUUGCUAUAGCCCAAGUCUAUGGUGUUUAUUAUGAAUAAAUAUUAUAUAUAAGUAUUGUUAUCAUCAUGUGUAUGUUUCAACCAAUGUCAGAUAUAUCUUAUGUUUGUUUCAAAAGAUAUCAUGACGAAGAGAAUAAUUGUUAUUGGUUUUGAAAUUUAUUGUUAUUGUUUAGAUAUAAGUCGGAACCAUUUUCAUUAUAAAGGGGCUUGUCUAAAAAAGGUUAAAUUAAUAAGGUUUGAUAAAAACCUAAAACUCUGCUUGGUGUUUGAGUUAAAAAAAUGUGGCCUUAUAGUUCUUUGUUUCGCUUACAUAUUACAAGCUUUUGUUUUGAAAAAAGAUAUCUGUGAUUUUAACAACAUUGAUCAUUUAUGUUAAGCAAUAAGUGAGUUACUUUGUAUGUCUUUGAAUGCAUAACACAAAGAAAAUAAUAUUCAGAAAUAAUGAAUAAUCAUUUAAUUUCACAAAUACAUAUAUUUUGUCUUAAAAAAUUCACUUUACAUUUUUACCGUGACAAAAAUAUUGUCUUGAGAAUAAUAAACAUCAUGCACAUUUCUUGUAGAUAAAGUACUGUUUACCAUGUAUUUAUAAACUGUAUAUUUGUAGAAGAGUAUAAUUGGAUUUAUAAUUACUUUUCAAAUUGGAUGUAGAAAAAAAAACAGAAUUUAUUAGUCUUUAGAUUAAUAUGAUUUUGACAUACAAGAAUUUUGGAGAUUUAAGGUCAUUUUCUUGUGGUUUCAAAUUGCAUAGAUGAUUAAAUUUACUACCUACAUUCAAAUAUUAAAUGAUGGAAGAGAUUAAUAAAAUGUGUAAGGAAAUUAUACAUACUUUCAUUUUCAAUGUAGAUAUUAUAAAAUAUGCUGCAAUAAUGCAUGACAAUCUCUAUAUCAUAUUCUGUAUAUGUUUGGCCUUAUCACUUUGCACUAGUCUUGCAUUUAUACAUAAUUUAUACAAUAUAUUGUUUAUAUUAUGUAGUUGUUUAGUGGGAUCCAUUUUGAAGAGAGUUGUGCAAUGUCCACAUGUUUACAACUUUACAUGUAUCUUUUCAUUAUAUUUACUCACCUAGAAUAGAAUAUGUUUUUAUCACUGGUGAAAAAAUGGAGCUAUUGUUUUGUUAUUAAAUGCUUUUUUGAUGAUAUUUAAUUAUUAAAAAUAAAACAUUUUGUAACUGUAAACCUGAAAUUAUUUAUUGAAUUUAAGUUUUGAUAUAUGAUAUUUCCAUUUGUGAAAUUCUGCUUUAAGAUAGAAUAAAUGAACAUGAAAAUUAUUUCAAAGCACAAGAAGAUGAAAAUAUUACUAAGAAAACCUUUUUUUUUUUUUUUUUAUAGUUUAUUACAAAACGUUUGUGUACUGCAAUCUUGAAAAUACUUGAAAAAAAUCUUGUGUUAUGUUUUUUAAUCAUACAGUUUUGUUGUUGUUCAAAAAUUACACUCAGAAAUUUUUGUAAAAAAAAUAUGUAAGCUGUCCAAGUAACUGAUAUCUACUCAUGCUUAGUUUGCAUUGUUUUUAUAAAUUUAUAUUAUCAUUAUUUUGAAUCCGUCCAGAUUUUUUGAAAUGCCUUUAUUGAGACACUGCUGACCUGUUAUUUGCAAUACUUUUUUGAUGUUAUUUAUUCCAUAUUUUGUAUUUGUCUUAUAUUAUAUAUAUAUAGUUAAGUAUAACAUUUUUGACUGCUAUGUUCUAUAGGUGCUAAAAUCUUCUCUUUUAAGGCCAUAAUAAACAUAUUUCUAGGUUGUCAUCUGUAUCUCCAAAUAUAUUAUCUACUGUAUCUUUCUUCCCCCCCCCCCCCCCCUCCCCAUUUUAUAUACCUGAACAAGAAAAAUGUUAUGGAAGUUUAUUCUAUAAAAAAAGUAUCAGAUUUAAAAAAGUAACUGACCCAAUAGAAUUAAAAUGAAUAGAUGAUUAUCAAUGAAUAAUUUUAUUAUGGCCUUAGUAUGAAAGAAAACUGAUUGUGCUGCUGACUAAAAUUUUAGACCAAAAAGCUGCGACCAAAUCUGCUUUAGGUUAUUUUUCUUUAAAGUGAUCAUCUUGAGAGAAAAACCAUUCAGGACAAACAAAGUUCUAAGUGAAAAGAGGACAUUAUUGAAAAUUGAUUUAGAAAAAAGAAAUUUGGGCCAUAGAAUAGAUUAAGACUUAUUUUUGGUUUGAUAUUUCUUUAAGAUUACUUCAAAUUUCCAAAUAGAGAUGAAUAUAGAAAUCCCAAUCCUUGUUUUAGAAUAAUUACCAAAUAUUUUGGAUAUUUGUUUGUAAUCUGUGUUUCAAUAUUUGGGUUGUAAAAAGUUAAAUACCUGGUAAAUUUAAUGCAGUAUAAGUUUCUAUCUCAAUAUUUUCCUGACUUAAUAUUUUUUCUAAUUUCUUUCAAAUGUCAUUUAUUUUAAAGAAAUAGUUCUCUUU